GUGUUGGGGGGCACGGAGUGCUGGGGGUGCUUUUAGCCAGCCAAGGAAUCGCCCGCUGCCAUGAGAGACUUCACCGAAAUCACGCUCUGCCCCGAGGCUCUGGACCACAGCAAGACCGAGUUCUGCAACCCCGUCUUCGAGGGCGAGGAGCCCCGGGCAGCCCCGAGCAUGGAGCACCCGCCAGACAAGGAUGGGACCGGCCCUGCAUCACCCCGGGAUGGCCUCGGCCAGCAGCUCUGGGGACAGGUAGGCUGGAGGUACCGCGCCGACUGCAAGUUCACCUGGCUCUGCGUGGCUCUGAUGAGCACCAUCCUGCUCUUCCUCAUCGCCCUCCUGCUGGGCAUCGUCAUCCACCAGCUGACGUCCCCACACCCACCCGGCACCCCAGCCACAGCCCUGCCCGCCCGUGGCACGGCCACCACCACCACAGCAGCCACCCGAAGGGACCCCCCGGCCCCCAGAACAGCUGCCACCCCAACGCAGAGCUGGGUGCCCACAGCCCACACGGCAGCACCGGCCUGCGGAGGGACCCUGCGGGGCCCCGAGGGCUCCUUCAGCUCCCCCAACUACCCCGGGCCCUACCCCCCCGACGCCCUCUGCAUCUGGCGCAUCGAGGUGGGCCCCGGGCUCGCCAUCCAGCUGAAGAUGGAGACGUUCAGCGUGGAGGGCACAGCCUCCUGCCUUUUUGACCGUGUGGAGCUCUACGAGGAGCAGGGCGUGGAUCCUGCCCCAGCUCGGGGUGGCCCCACCAGGUUCUGUGGCAACGUGGCCCCCCCGACCUUCAACUCCAACUCCAACCGGCUGCGCGUCACCUUCGUCUCCGACAGCAGCGUGGGUGCCCUGGGCUUCAGCGCCCGCUACCGCGCCGUGGCCCCCAGUGAGAAGAGCUGCGCCUGGGACGAGCACCUGUGUGACCAGGGGCUCUGCCUCCACCUGGGCUUCAUCUGCGACGGGUUCCACGACUGCACCGACAAGAGUGAUGAGGCCAACUGCAGCCUGAAGCACAAAGAGUGCGGGGGGGCACUGACCGCCUUGGAGGGGCACCUCUCCACCCCGAACCAUCCCCAGCCAUACCCACACCAGCAGCUGUGCCUCUGGCAGAUCUCAGUGCCCGUGGGCCACGUCAUCGACCUGCACUUCCACAACUUCAGCCUGGAGUCGCACGAGGACUGCAGCUUCGACUUCGUGGAGGUGCACGACAGCGCAGGCACGGGGGCCGCCAGCCUCAUGGGCAGGUUCUGUGGCCACCAGCUGCCACCCCCCCUGACCUCCUCACGACAUGUCAUGACCGUCCUGUUCGUGGCAGAUGAGGGAGUAGCAGACAACGGGUUCUUUGCCACCUACCAAGCCCGCAAUGCCACAGAGAAGACGUGCAGCCCCGCAGAGUUCUCCUGCAGGAACGGCGAGUGCCGGGCGCUGGAGUCGGUGUGUGACGGCUGGCACGACUGUCCCGACGGCACCGACGAGCUCAACUGCACCGGGGUGUCCUACCCAGCCUUCGGGUCUGUCUGCGAGCCCGUGCACGUGGAGAUGUGCCUGGGGCUGGGCUACAACGCCACCUCCUUCCCCAACAUCUGGCUGGCCAUCCCGGACCAGGAGGGAGCCGCCGAGGUGCUGCAGGACUAUCAGACGCUGAUGGAGCUCCCGUGCUUCCAGCACCUCCGCCUGCUCAUCUGCAGCCUCUUCGUGCCCAAGUGCACCCCGGACGGGGGGGUCCUGCAGCCCUGCCGGGCCGUGUGCCUGGCGGCAGAGCUGCGCUGCAAGCAGUCCCUCGGCCUCCUGGGCAUCCUCUGGCCCAUCAACUGCAACAUCCUGCCCGACUCCAACGACCCCGUGGAGUGCUUCCAGCCCUGA